AUGCCGGCUGUCCGCUCCUUUUUCACUCUUUCUCUUUUGGCCGCUUGCCUGGCGCAAGUUUCGGCUGGUUCCAUGGGUGGUGAUGGUGGCUCUGGCUGGGGUGGUGACGGGAGCAACCAAGGAGGCCAGUACGGGGGCGGUGGUUACGGCGGUGGCCAAGGUGGCUCCUGGGGUGGUGGCAGCAAGGACAACAAUCAAUAUUCCUCCUGGGAAGCCGCGCCCACCACUGUCCAACCCCAGAGCUGCCCUCCUCAGAGUUGCCCAGCCCAGACUUGCCCGCCCGCCAUGACCAGUACAAAGACCGAGACGUCCACCGUGACGGCCGUCUCCCCUUGUAUGGGAAGCACCGUGACCGCCUACGUGACUCAAUGGAUGAAUGCUCCACCCGGGUGUUGGUGCGGUGCUGGCAGUCCACCUCCUGAGGCUACUGGAUGGGGAUGGGGGGCGAUGGGCGAUGCUGCCGUGUUCACCUCCAGCAACCCGUCAUUCACGCCCGGCCUUUCGUCGAUCCCAGCCUCUGAAGCCGUCAAGACCGGUGUGACUGUCGCGGGUGGUCCACCGGCUGCGGCCCCGACAGCUGCUGUCUCUCCUGGCGGCUUCUUUGGGGGCUCAUCGAGCUCUGCAAUGACGACAUCUGGUACGGAACCUUCUGGCCCUAGUAGCAGCGUCCCGUCUAACAUAGCCGAGCCUACUAAAACAGGGGAGGCUCCUAAGCCAGAAGCUUCGAGCUCGACUGCCAGUACAAGCUCGUCGGCGGCGGCAGCACCUUUAUCGACGACCUCAACCUCAACAACAACUUCAAAAACUUCCACCACAUCAAAAUCCUUGCCUUCAUCAUCCUCAUCAACGACAACCUUGUCUUCAAGUGAAUCCGCCGCAACCGCGGUGGCAGCCUCAGCGACAAGCGGCGGGUUUCCGGUCGGCUCCUUCAACACUAUCGACCCUGCAACCCUGACGCUCAAGAACGCCUAUACGCUGGGCAUCGGAAGAAGAGCACCUGUACCGACUAUGUUAUCAUAG